AAUUGUUGGUUUAACCAAUCUCUCUCUCUCAAAGUCUUAUCCUUCAGUUCACAAUAUGAUGGUACCCUCUUAAGCCAAUCCCAAAAUUUUGAACAGAUACUUUAAUUGUUGGUUUAACCAAUUUCACGCCCUGAAACAACCAACCAUGGCAUCUUCACUCAUAGGAAACUGAAAACAAGAGCCAUGGCUAAAGAGCUUUACUUCAAUCAUGGUGGUUCUGCUACAAAGAAACUCCUGGCAGGGGUGGACUUGGUGACAGAGUUGGUGGGAGUGACAUUGGGUCCAAAGGGUAGGAAUGUGGUGUUGCAAAACAAGUAUGGACCUCCAAAGAUUGUCAAUGACGGUGAAACUAUUCUCGAAGAGAUAGAGCUGGAAGACCCUUUGGAAAAUGUUGGAGUGAGAUUGGUGAGACAGGGUGGAGCUAAGACAAAUGAUAUCUCUGAAGGUGUGAAGGUUAUUGCUGCAGGCAUGAAUCCCAUUCAGAUAUCCCGAGCAAUCGAGAAAACUGCAAAGGCCCUUGUUUCUGAGCUCAAACAGAUGUCCAGAGAGGUUGAGGAUCACGGGCUUGUAGAUGUUGCUACUGUAAGCACAGGGAACGACUAUGCAGUAGGAAACAUGAUUUCUGAUGCUCUUCAACAAGUGGGUAGGAAGGGAGUAGUAACAAUUGAGAAAGAGAAUCAUGCGGAGAAUGCUUUACAGAUCGUAGAAGGAAUGCAAUUUGAUCGUGGAUACUUGUCCCCUUAUUUUGUUACUGAUCGACAGAAGAUGAUAGUGGAGUUCCACGAUUGCAAGUUACUUCUGGCCGACUGAAAAAUCACAAACCCAAAAGAGAUGUUUAAAUUAUUGGACAACGCUGUUAAGGAGAAGUACCCAAUUGUGAUAGUUACAGAGGGCAUUGAGCAGGAAGCUCUGGCUCCGGUAAUUAGGAACAACUCAGGGGUGUCUUGAAGGCAGCUGCUAUUAAAGCUCCUGCUAUUAAAGCUCCUGCCUUUGGCGAGCGCAAGUGCCGCUACUUAGAUGACAUCACUACCUUGACUGGAGGUAGUUGAUUGACCACUAAAAUACACCACAAUUUGUGUAUUUGAAGUAAAUAAUGUCUAUAAUAAAUCAAAACAGAACAUUAUUAUAGAGGAAAUACAUUAAUAUACACCAGUUAGUGUUUUAUAUUA